GAGUCAAAGCCCACAUCUGAAAAGAUGCAGCAAAAUGCAGCUGACAUUUGAUAAGAAUCUGUCAAGUUGGUAAAUACUCUGUCAUAGACUUCCCCAGCUCUAUCAAUCACGAACUCAUUCAUGCACUUCUUCCAGGCAUCUGCUCUUACUUACAUCAAUAGGGCCCUAUGGAUAAAGCCUCACCAAGUCCAUUGCUGCGGAAAGAAGACCGCGAUAUCGAAUGUGGCGAUGUUGGUUUGAAAUCUGCUCGAAACGGAAUCCAACUCAGGGAAUGGAAUCAGUUCUCAGUUAUAACCUCCAUUGCCAUUCCUUGGCUUCUGUUCGCGAUUGUGCUGAGCAGCAACGCUUAUUAUACACUCUACGGAACAGAUAGAUUUCAUCAGCACAAGCUCUACCCCUCCCAACUGACCUAUUCGCCUGCUCAGGAUGAAAUAGAGUAUGAGGUGAAGAUGUACCACACAGGCAUUGAGUAUGCCCCCGUUGAGUUCCAGGGUCCUCCAUCAGAAAGCCUUGAUCGAGCUUGGGACAGCAUAUUCAAUUUUGGAAUAUCUACCAUCUCAGAAGAACAGGCGAAACGAAUGACGAAUUAUACAUCCCCCGUCCCGAAUCAUGAGGAUGAGUACAUUAUUGAGCUGGAUGUUUUUCAUCAGCUUCACUGCCUCAAUGUUUUCCGCAAGGCCUUCACUCCUAUCUACCUACGAGACUGGGAGGCAGUUCGCGAUCCCAAGGUUUCCAACAACAACUGGACAGUCCCUCCUUACGCACGUGAAGAAAUAGAACGCAACAGAGUUGAGCACUCCAUUACUCCAUGGCACAUUGGACACUGCUUGGAGAGUCUUCGCCAGUCCGUAAUGUGCCACGCAGAUGUUACUCCCGCCGUGUGGCAUUGGGAUGCAUCUGCGGCUGCGCCGUCUCGAAACAAGCCUUGGCUCGACGUACCACAUACGUGUCGCAACUUUGACCGACUCCGCCAAUGGGCACUGAAUCGUACAUUGCGAUGGGAGUUUGACUACAAAGCUCGCUUACCGCAGAAGUUUCAGGUUCCUACCUAUUGGCAAAGGUAGUCUGCAUGGUUCUGCCAAAUUGAAGCACAGGAUUCGUAGCUCAAGACCUGUUGUAAAGGAAAGCAGGCUC